GGGUCAGCCCGCAGCAGGAUGCAACCCUGCAGCCCAAGGUCAUUCGGACGGUACUUUCUUUGAUUGUUUGCAUGUAUUUUGCAUGUUGACUGCUCCUCGCAACGGAAAUCCCGGUUCAUCAUAUUGUUCAGUUCUUUCUUCAUCGUCACUGACGGGGGAAAAGAGCUCCGAACCAUGCCAUCCUCGUCCUCGUGACAAACCGCCGCCGGAGGAUCUCGACCACGUCACCAGCGUGAGGCUCAAGGCGCCUACCAGAUCAAGUCCAGCCAAGAUAAGAGAUCCACGCCAGCUGCCACCUUCAAAAGCAUCUUCAUCGUCAAGCCUUGUCUUCCCCAAGGCUGCGCACAACGGCGAACAAACAAGCCCGACCAACACGACCAAGAAGACCAUGCCCUUCCCAGUCCUGUCUAAAGAACCCAUCCCAGGCCUCUCCCUCUCGGCAGCAGGCCUCGUCGCCCUCGCAGACCUACAAACCAUCGCCAACCGCACCGCGCUGACGGGGACGUCGUCAUGGUUCGACGCCCUCGUCCUCGCGCCGGGGUUGCACUACCAGCAAGCAGCCGAUAGCGUCGCAGGGAGCAGCGGUGCUGUCACGGCCCAGACGUCCGCUGCGUCCGGCUACGGAGGUGGCGCUGCGGGAGGGAACGGGAACGGCGGCGGGGGCAUCUUUGGCACGCAGGCACUUCCAGGAGGGAGGAAGAAGGAUGUUAAAGUGACGAAUCCGGGUAUGCUGCUUUUUCUCUCGCGGCUUGGGGUCCAGGAGGAGAGGGCGAGGGAGAAGGAGCUUAAGAGGAGGAAGGUAUCCGGUGGCGGUGGAGUCGAAGCCUACGGCAUCGGGGCCGGGGGAGGAGGAGGAGGAAGCGGGGAAAAGAUCAUCACACUCGACGUCGGCACCCUCUCCACCGGCCGGAAACGGAGCCGGAGCCGGAAUCGGCGCGGCCGGGCGUUUGCGCACGAUUCGGAGUGGGAGUUUGAGCGGGGGAGUCACCUGCUCUACCUCGCGAGCCCGGUCCUCACGUUUGCUGCGUUGACUAUCAUGAUUUUAUUGGCGGACUGUAAGUUUUCUUCCAAUUUGUUCAAUUUUUCUCCCGUCUCCCUCCCAGGCCUCUGGCUCCCCCCUUCUGCAUGGUAACCCACCUCGGUCGUUCGAUUUCCACCAACCCCCCUGGUUUACGAUCUCUUCUCCCACAAUCAAUCUCAAACCAGAUCUCACGGUGGA